AUGAUGCCCAUGUUUUUGUUCUUUCUCAUCAUUUGGAUUGCAGAUGCGGAGCUGAAACCCCGGAAAGGUAAGAUCACACCCGGCUGAUGCUUAUUCUCUCUUGAUAAAACGUGACGGGCUUGAAAUAAGGAAAGGUAUGAAAGUGUGGCUCAAAGGGGGGAAAGUUACGUCGGUGUUAGCCAGUUGAUAGUUUGGAUUUACUUUGUAUUUGUUUUGUAGAUAAGUUUGUCCCUCAAGCGAAACUUUUUACCUUAUUCUGUCUUCAGUAAAGUUAAAAAAGUAAAGGCUUUAACCAGUUUUAAUGCUUAGGAAAGAUUUAAAGUAAUGUCAGUGACAUUUGAGGGGACCCUGGUUUUCUCCUAUUUUUUAGUACUCAAGCUUUGUCUAAAGGUUUAAUGAAAUAGGCCCACUUCACGUUGAAAUGUCUGUUUUUCGUCUUCGGUUGAUGUGCGCCACAUACUGUAAGAGUUCAUUUGCUCAUCCUCUUUACUUUUUGGCGCCCAGGGUCCGGGGUGGUCUGUUCUUUCAAAGACAAGACGUACAACCCUGGAGAGAGCUGGCAUCCCUAUCUGGAGCCAUUUGGGAUUAUGUUCUGCAUGCGCUGCGUCUGCACAGAGGUGAUUUUUAUUUUUAAUCUAAUUGUGUCACUUCAGAAUAGGAAUUAAAGGAAUAUUACGCACAACCUGUUCAACUCCAGAAAAUGAGGUUGGAACAGAAAGGUGACCCUUGCUCGUAAACUUUACUUUCUCCUAGACAGGUCAUGUGAAAUGUAACACCAUCAAGUGUCCUGCUCUUCCAUGUGAAAACCCAGUAACUGAGCCUCAGCAGUGCUGUCCAAGAUGCACAGGUAGGCUGGACCAGACAGAAACCUUCUGGUAUUCUCCUUUUUUAGAAAGAUUCCUCUGGUUGUGACUUCUGUCCUUUACAUUGUCCCUCUUCAGAUGAGCCUAGGAUCCCUGCAGGAUUGAGAGCCUCUGUGAAAUCCUGCAGGUAUAAUGGAACUGUUUAUCAGCCUGGAGAAACCUUCACAAAGCAUGACCUAUUCCCAUCUAGACAAACCAAUCAGUGUGUCAUGUGCACGUGUUCUGUAAGUUACAUCUCAUUUACAUCUACAAAUUGUCUGUUAAAGUCUGUAACCUUAGGUGUUAAGAUCAGAGACUGGAUGCAAACUUGUCAUUUAAAGCUGAGUCACAAUGUGCUGUGCUGACAGACGAAAAAAAAGAAAUAGCAAAUUUUCCCUUUUUUAUUUACACUACUUAACCGCAUUCCUCUGCAGUGAGACUGUUUGAGUGCUCCACAAUAAUGCAUAAAUAAAAUUUUCCUCAUAAAAACAUAUCAAGGGCCAACUAACACAGCUUAAAAGUAUGUGUGUGUGGGGCGGAGGGUCUUCCUUUUGUCUACUUUUUUUUUAAAUACAUGUUUCGUGCUAGAGUAUCUUAUCUUGCCAAUUUAUACUGAUUCAUUGGUGAUGCGAUACAGUAAAAGUGGAAACUUAUCUGUACUUUCCAUAACUAUUUUCUAUCAAUAUUGUAGCUGAUGCAAACAUCUUGUGCUGGUUUGAUUGUUGGCUUUUUUUAGUCAUGUGAGGCACAAGAAAACGGGUUUAGACAACAAAGGCAGAUUCCAGAUAGGAGCACGAUGAAGGGGGUAUUGAAAUCAACCUGCUAACAGACGGCAAGAUGUGAGACGUUAACUUUAUGAGUUGUUAAUUAGUGUCCAUUUGAAGAUGUUUUUAUGUCUCCAAGGUGAAAUCACACAACAUGUGCCUAAUGAAAUGAAUACCAGUACACAUUCAGGAGUGCUGCUGAUCAUUUGUAGUUUUUCAUGAGCGGUCUGAGGUCUCUCAAGUUCAAGAGCAGGUUUUAUUUUACUCAGAGUGUUGCUGGUCAAAUAUCAGAGAGUUGUUGAGUAAGAUACUGAACCCUUCAUUCCUCCAGAUGAGCAGGACAGCAGCUCAGCCAUGUACUUGUGUGUGGUGAUAGAAGUCUUAAUUUGUUUUGGACCAAAGCCAUUCAAUGUAUUGUCUUUUUACAGUUUUGAACUUGUGCUAAGAAUGUGUCAUCUUAUAAGAGAUUUUUACGAAACUGCCUGGAAAUUAAAAUCAAUGUUAACACACUAACAGGUCCUGUGUAAGUGUGCCUUGAGUUGUGUUUGUUCAUUUUGUUUGAUAAUGAUAGAUUUGCUUUUUUUUACAGAAUGGUAACAUCUUCUGUGCUCUGAAAACAUGCCAACCAAUCACCUGCCCUUCACCUGUCCCAGUUCCUGAUACCUGCUGUUUGGUGUGUAAAGGUAUUCAAACUCCUGCAAGUCUAGAAAAUGACUGUACUUUGAUGAAAACCGUGAAAAAGUCCAGUUUUGUUUUAAUUUUAAUGAUUAUGGCUUGUAGCUAGGGCUGGACAAUAUGGGAAAAAGUUUAUCACAAUAUAUUUUUUCAUAUCAGUCGAUGUCGAUAUAUGUCACGAUAUAAAAAAUGAAAUUUAACAGUGCUUAUUGGCAGCAUGUCUUUUGCAAUACAAUAAGCUACUGCAUCUGUGAGGUCUUUGUGUCUCAUCACGAUGGCGUUGCGCUAGAGAAGGCGGACUGAAUGUUAAGCUGUUUUAGCUGCACAGGCGCCAUGGGCUCCUUGCUCCACUCAGGGUUUGUCACUGACAGUGCUGUUGGCUUUACACUUUAUAGUGCUAUGGUUGCAUGUAACUGCAGCCUGCUACUACGCAGUUGUUUGCUACUUGGUUCUAAUUCAGCCCAUGAUUGGUUUAGGGUGAAGCAGACCCAGAGAAACUCCCCUUUUCAUUGGCUAUUCGUAUAGUCAACAAAACAUGGCAGAAUGCCGACUAUCGAAAGCAUAUUGACCAUGUUUUAUAUUGAUAGUGAGGGAAAUUAAUUUUCGAUAUAUAUUGGUAUCAUAUUAUCGCCCAGCCCUACUUGUAGCUCAUGAAGAUCUGAAAUGUAACAUCCCAGAUUGCUACAACAUUUCCUAAUACCAAUAAACAAAAGAUUAAAAAUACAGAAAUGUCCAGUUUCUUAACAAUAUGUUUAUUUACCCACUUAAUAUUGAUCAGGGCCCCUGCUGAAAUGUUACUGAAGUCCAGGAUGCUUCGAUAGUUCCUUCUGCCUGUCCGUAUUUUCGGGUCAAAUGUUCGUCACUCCCCUCAACAAAUAUCCCAGAGAUUUUGUGUGGGUUCAUGUCAGGUAAAUUGGCUGACCAGGACAGCAGAGUAAUAUCAUGGUUAGCAAACCACAUUCUUGUAGUUUUGGCACUGUGAGCAGUGCGAAGUUCUGCUGGAAAAGGAGAUUGACGUCUCCAUAAAGCUUGCCAGCAGGUGGAAGCGUGAGGUGCUCUGAAAUCUACUGGUGGACUUGAUAAAAACACAGUGGACUAAAGCAGUAGAUAACUUGCAACCUGAAUUCAUCCAAAUUUGUAGAAACAGAAGUCCUGUAAUUAUCUGCCUUGUAUUUUUGUACUUAUUCAAACGCCCUCACACUCAUUUUUGUAUUUUUUCUUUUUUUCUGUAGAUAUUGGCUCCAGUGGCUCCUCAUCAACCGAGGAUGGAAAUCAGCAACUCAACAGAGGCGUUGUAAGUUUUGGUUAGUUUAUCAUACAUGUAUCAUCUGACUGUGGCAUGGCUGUCAUACAAAAACCAUGUAGAAGAAGAGGACAGUAAUAUUGUGUUAGCUGCAGCCCCUUAACUACAGAACUUGGUUUUAAAUCCCACAGGCACAGAUUACUCUGAUAAAGAGUCCUUGAACACAACACUGAGCACAUUAAAAGCUUCAGAGUAGUUUCUCUGUGGCUCUCUGUUUUAACAGCUGAAUAAAUGGUGACAUGAGCAUUAUUUCAAAGAUCUAGGGCCAGUUUAAUUGGAGUCCUUCAGGAAUAAAGGUGAAGUGAACAUGUCAAUGAUAACUGUUUUAUAAUAUCUGUAUUUUAAAAAAGAGGCAUUCAGUGGACCAGUGUUCAGGAGAUCAGGGCAGGGCGCGCUCUGACCGUGCCACUCAACCCAGGGUCAGGGCUUCUCCCAGAGGUCUAAGCCUCAGCAAACUCAAUCUCAAAGGAGCUUCAGAGACCACAGUGAAGAUUUUGUUGCAAAGGAAACAUCAGAGAGGUGAGACUUUGUCAAAACAGAAAGAUCCCAUACACGCAUUUAAUUUUAUAGACGUGUUCCUCACAACUUUACGAUGGUUUCCACAUGUACCACAUUGCUCAGAUGUUUUCCAUUUCUCUCAGCUUGUUUAUACAAUGGAAAGACAUACUCUCAUGGAGACAUGUGGCACCCAGUUUUGGGGAAGGUCCUGGAAUGCAUCCUGUGCACUUGUACUGAUGGCCUCCAGGAUUGCAAACGCAUCACGUGUCCCAGCCAGUAUCCAUGCCAACAUCCUAUGAAAUCAGCAGGAAAGUGCUGCAAGACAUGUCCAGGUAGUCAACUGUGGCUCAUAACAACCUAAGCUGUUUAUUAUGAUAAGAUACUGACUGGCUGUAAACAUCGUCCACAAAACUUGUUUGUGCUUUUGUGCUUUGUCUCUUCAGAAAGUAAAGCUGAAAGUAACCAGACCCAGUGUUACCUUGGAUUUAAGAGUAAUCUUCUGGUGUAUAAAGUCGAAUCCUCUUUAAGGGUCGACUCACCGAAUACAGUGAGGGUUAUCGUUGUUGAACGACAAAGUACGGCAGAGGUUGAAGUGCAAGUCUGGAACACUGUGGAAGGUACUGUAGAUAGUGGUGAAAAGGGAUGGUUUAAAGUCAUGUGAAAGUUUACUUUACUGCUCUGAGCUAAAUAAGGAGAGACUGUUACUCUGUAACCUGUCAGAUACAGAGUGGAAACAGAGGCCAGCAAGAAGAAGCACACACAAUUUUCAGUUUUACUGUAUAUUUAGUGGAGAGAUAUCAAAUUUCUGUUCUAAAGCUAGAAUUAUUUGCUCUGGACUCCACUUUAGUGGAUAAAAAAAGUUACAUUUACCCUCAUCUUUACACUUUUUAUAUUACAAUUCACUGCAUGGACCUGCUAGUAAGCAGUAUCAGACAUAAGCCCUACUUUAUGGUUUGUUGUUUUUGUUUGUUUUUAGCUUUUUUAGUUAUCGCCAUUGGCAACAUUUAACUGAAGUUUUAAAUAAUCUCUGAAUGUAGAAAAAUAAAACUUAAAAACAGGAUCAUUGAGUUACCAAUCAUCUCAGUUUUGACAGAUAAAUUGCUGUUCAGAUUUGGGAGGUCUGAAAGACCCUCAAAACAUGAGCAAGAAAGCACAUUGGUAUUAUUCAAAGACAUGUCAAACCUCCAUUUUGAGAAAUAUGUGGUGUGAAUGCAGAAAUAUACUGUUAUCACCAGAAUGUCUUGUUUUGUACAGGUGUUGUACAGCUAAUGGACAUUGGUGACGUCCAAAGGAAAGACAUCGUAGAUCAUCCAGAGAAUUAUACAUUACUUACAACCCUUGAUGAAGGUCAGUUACAUGAUGGUCCUUUAUCAAGUCUUUUGCCUUUUUUGAUACAUUAUGGAUGUGUCCACAGCUUUAUGUUGAUUAAAUAUCUUUUACAGAGACGUGGAAAAAAUUUAAAGAGGAGGGGGGAAAUCUGAGUCAAGCUUCCCAGGCCACGAUCUGUGAAGACGGCAUUCGGGAGAUGGUGACUUUCCUUAAUCCCAAGCAGACAGAGGACCAGUGUUCGCCAUAG